AUGACUCCUCCUCCCUCGACACAACCGCCUCGGUUUCACUCGCCAGUGCAUCGCAUCGGUCUUGGACCCAGUGGUGCCUUCCUUGCGUCGCCCCCAACCACCGUCAGAGCAAACGUGCUACGUGCUUUACCUACUCCCGACGCCAUCGCCAAGGCGGGCAUUGAGGAACUCAGAAACAUGGCGCAGGAGCUGGUUGCAGCUGUCCAGGAAGCCAGGACGUCCGCGGCGCAUUUCAAGUUGCAACACAGUCUAUUGGCCAUGGAGUCGGAAGAGGCCGCGGAACGCGCUGAGGUAGAGCAUCAGAUGACCCGCAGAGAGGUUGAAGUUCUUCAAGCGGUGGAGCAUCGCAAGCAGACUUCACUUUCUAUGCAUCAUCCGAGGUUGCAGCCAUCCGCGCAACCGCAAAUCGACGCAUUGACCAAGACCUGCCAGUCGUUGGAGCAUGAGCGCGAUGAGGCCGAAGACCACUUAUUGCGAGCGCGCAAGUUGCUUGAGGUGGAGAAAGACAAGUGUGAGUUGUUGAAGGAGGAAAAUGACCGACUCAAGAAACGCAUUCGCGACAACAGAGAGCAUUUCAGUCGCCUCAAAAGUCUAUCCCCCUCAUAUACGACACCUCGCGACAGUUUCACGACACCUCAGCGGAAAGGCGUGCCACGAUUUUCCGAGUCUGCGCCUAAUCAUGCCAAUAUUGCUGCCCUCCUCGCAGCAGAUCAGGUGCUUAGCCAAGAGAGUGCCAGCGUUCCGUCCACGCCUACCAAAACUCAUACGUCUAAGUUUAAACAUGGACACAGUCGUGGCGCACAUUCGCUGUCAUCCUUACUCAACACGCCUGUCCAAACAGGGCCUAUCAUGCCAGAACGCUAUCAGGAGUCUGUCGCAUCUUUCUCUGCCCCGGCUUCGCGCUUCGCCAGGGAGUCGGCAGAAAGAGAUCGCCACGACCGAGACAGUACGAUAUCAAUCUCCGACGGUGAAGAGGGCAGUGAUGACAAUAUCCCGCAAUCACAAGCCAGCUCAUUGGCCAGCGAGAUGUUACGCAGAAAUCCCGGACACCAGGAAAGCUUGAGACUAUCACAGAACGCAGAGCGUUCAAGCAACCUCCUUCAGACUAAGCUCUUCGGCCCUAUCAAGAAGUCUAGCCAUCCCAGAAAGCGAGGAGCAAGCUUUGGAGAAUCCGAUAUCAAGGCAAAAAAGGCCAAGAUAUCCCAAAGCCGCGUUGGUUUAGGUAUUGAGACUUGGAGUCAAUGA